AUGGAGAACUACCCGCAGUCUGUCAGCAUCAACAUGCAGCCCUACGGCAAGAACCAGGGUUCUGCGGCCACCCCCUUCAGCCACACCGUCACCUCUCCUGUUUUGAUGGAGCCUGUCCCCAGGGACUAUGUGCUCUGGUCCUUCUUCAACAGCAUGUUCUGCAACCCCUGCUGCCUGGGCUUCAUCGCGUUCAUCUAUUCCAUUAAGGCCAGAGAUCGUAAAAUCGCCCAGGACCUGGCAGGGGCCAGCACCUACGGACAGUCAGCCAAGAAGCUCAACAUCAUCGCUGUCUGCGUGGGCGUCCUGACCAUCAUCCUCAGCAUCGUGCUGCUCGUUGUGUACUUCAGCACCUUGCUGACAAUCCUCAACCCAUAA